CCUCAGUGCGCAGGUGUGUGAGCAGCAGGAGAUGAGCGGAGCGCCAAAACCCAAACUUUUUUACGCACCGUGCGGCCGCCUCACCUCCACCUGUCCAUCUCUCUCUCUCUGCAGAUAAAACACACCUCUGCAGUGUUUGCUUUUGUUUACACCGGAUCACGAUGGAUUAACAUUUUGUUGGGGGGGAGAGUCAUGCUCGCGUGUUCGGUUCAACCUGGGUCGCGUCGCCGAGUCCUCGCGGGGAACAGAUCCGAUUUGGAUGCCCUCCAUUCCCGUUUCCGCAUUCCCGACGCCGCCGUGCGCACUGCAGGCGUGGAGCUCAGAUCCAUGAUGUGAAAGGAAAAAAAAAAACCGGUUCCUCCGGCUGAUCGAGCCUCUCUGCUGACUGUCGGUGCGUUAUGUUUCCAGCCGGAGGAGGACAGGGGAACCUCAGGGCUGAGCGGCUGGACACGUCAGGCGGUGAGAAGCCGUUUUUCAGCGGACCGAGGGAGUCUGAAGCGCGACGUAUUGAUCGGUGAGUGAGCCGCGCUCCUUCAUGUCCCGGGAUGGAGAGCUGCUGUCGCUCCUGUAUGCCGUGUCUAAGCCGGCUGUGGAACUGCAUUUGGCCGGACGUCCACUACCCAAACGUUCCCAACAACAACCAUGUGAUCGCGAACCCGGCGGCGCAGGCGGCGGAGAUCCGCACCGUGUCCGGGGACAUCCGCGUCCCGUCGCCCAAGAAGCGGCCGGUGCAGCUGUACGCCGCGCUCUUCGACUUCGAGGCCCGAAGCGACGACGAGCUGACUGUGAAGGAGGGGGACAAGCUGUCGGUGAUCGAGAAACGGGGGGAGUACGUGCUGGCCAAGAAGCUGACCGGAUCCCUGCAGUCCGGACUCAUCCCGGCCAACUACGUGGCUCUGCUGCAGGACGAGUUCGCCAAACACAAGUGGUACUAUGGGAACAUAAACAGAGUGAAAGCUGAGAAGCUGCUGCUGGCGUCCCAAAACAAAGAUGGCUCCUUCCUCGUCCGCAUCAGUGAGAGUCACAGUGACGAGUACACGAUCUCAGCUCGCAACGAGGCGAAGGUGUACCACUUCAGGAUCCAGCGCUCCACCAUCGGGGCGUACUUUGUGUCCGAUAAGGUCUCCUUCGCCACGCUGGGAGAGCUCAUCUCGUACUACCAGAAGAACCCGCGCAGCCUCGGGGUGCUGCUGGAGGAGCCGUGCGCCCAACAGAGGGAGCUCUUCGACAUGGAGCCGUGGGAGAGACCGAGAGAGGAGUUCAGACUGCACAAGAAGCUGGGAGAGGGGCACUUUGGAGAGGUGUGGGAGGCUCUGUGGACCACCGAGAACAGGAAAGUGGCCAUUAAGACGCUCAAACAAGAGGACACAAAGCAGGACGAGUUCGUGAAGGAGGUUCAGGCGUUGAAGAGCCUCCAUCACCCGAAGCUGAUCCAGCUGUUGGCCAUGUGCUCCAGAGGAGAGCCAGUCUACAUCGUGACCGAACUCAUGAGCAAAGGAAGCCUCAAGUCCUACCUCGCCUCUGCUGAAGGCCAGGUGCUGACCUCAGCUCAUCUGAUCUACAUGGGCAGUCAGAUCGCAGAGGGCAUGGCGUACCUGGAGGACAGAAACAUCGUCCACAGAGACCUGGCUGCCAGGAACAUCCUGGUGGGAGAGGACCUGGUCUGCAAGGUGGCCGACUUCGGACUGGCUCGGAUCAUCAAGGACAGUGUUUAUACGGCGAGUCGAAACACUAAGAUCCCGGUGAGGUGGACGGCUCCUGAAGCGGCGAUCUACCAGCGUUUUUCUGUCAAAUCCGACGUCUGGUCAUUCGGCGUCCUGCUCUACGAAAUGAUGUCACGAGGAAAGAUGCCUUAUGAAGGAAAAAGCAACAAAGAAGUGUUGGAUCUUCUCUCGUCGGGGUUUCGACUCCCCUGUCCCACACGCUGUCCUCAGAACAUCUACCGGAUCAUGAUGGACUGCUGGGCGGCCGAGCCCUCCAAGAGGCCGUCCUUCCACGCCCUGCACAGCCAGCUGGACACCAUAUACGCCAGGAUUUAUUUUAAGACUAUAGAGGUGUAGGAAGAGGGGGCGUGUCCUCUGAAACUGUCAACGAGAAACGGACUUCAAACGUGAAGACAACGUUCUCGUCUUUUUAUGCAAUCCUCGACAACACAGGGUAUAUGAACUUCUAAUCACAGAGGUGUGAGGGGAUGAACUGCAGGAAGAACAGGAGGGAAGUGUUCAAACCUGAGAGGAAUCCAAGAAGGAGGAGGAAAUGAGGAAUAUGUGAUUUCAAACAAACAUGGGCACACAAAUGGAGAGAAAGGUGUGUACAUACACUCCUACCUAAAGACACUUCAAACCCUUUGGCACAUUCACAGAACCAACUCUUUUUAAUUUUGUACCCUUUUUUGUGUUUUAUAAAUACUAUUUUAUUACUCCUGUAUGUGCCAUGUCUGUGGAUGCACACUUUGUAAUGUUAUGAAAAUCUCAGUCGGGACUUUAAUUAAUCACCCGUCGUCUGACUGCAGAGCCUGUGCUAAAAACUUUUGAGGUAUUGUGCAAUCAUUUAACGCUUGCUGGGGGUUUUUUUUAGCCACGCUAGCGGCCCCGGAGCUUCAGGUGUGGAUCGCUCCGUUCGUCCAACACGUCGGUAUUAAUCUUAUUAUUAAUUGUAAAGAUGUUUUUGGUGAUGUCAUGACUUUUUAUAGAGCACAAACAUGAAGUCAGAAUGUCCUCUUGUCUUGUUUUUAGGCACUAUAUCUUAUUCCGAACUGUUGACCAAAUACUUAAGCUCUACUUUGAGGUUAAAGGAUUAAUCAAAGGUAUUUAUGACCAAUAACAACCGUUCUUUACAUUUAACUUCAUCGUAAAGUAGGCCCCUUUGUUGAGAGUUUCAACAGCUGAGAAGUCUGUCACCACUCUGGUUAUACCCUCGAGCCAGGAGGUGAUUAACCUAGCUUAGCAUAAAAGGCUGGAAGCAGCUAGCAUGGCACAACACCUGCACAGCGCACAAAGUAACAAAUACUUAACGGUUUGUUUAACCUCUUCACAAAAUGUAAAUACACUAAUUUCCUUAUCACAACUUCUGGAGAAAAUGGCCGACUGAUAUGAAAGAUUUGGGGCCGAUACUGAGAUAUCAGCCGAUAUGUUUCUUAGGUCUAUCUUCACUCUUUAGCGAUAGAUAGAUAAACACAUUCAUUAUGUUGAUGCCUCAAAUGCAGUUCAACAUUCUGAUAAAGAUUUUUUAAUGAAGACAAGAUUUGUUUUCACAGUUGAACUUCACAGCCGCACUGAAACACUCACAUUAUAUCUGAAACCAUUUUUUAAAAAUAAAUAAAUAAUAGACUUACUUUGUACAAACGGAGCCGAUAUUAUUGACUGGCCAAUAAAUCAGUCAGGCUCUAGUUAUAACUCCCCUGAAAUAUCUAAUUUAUAACAGAUUUGGAUCUCAUUUAAUCAAAUGAUAUUUGGAAGAACAGCUGACGAUUGGAAAAUGUUUGUUAUUAAAUAGAUAUUUGUGGAGAAGCCACAGGAACUCAGAUGGCUUCUUGUGCUCCAUUGGUUUGGCUGGAAAAGGAAGGUUUGCAUGCUCUAUGAGGCAAGAAUGCCUGCAUGUUUGUUUUUUAACUGGAAAAUGAUACCAUCUGUCAGCAUGAGUUUAGCAUGUCAGCUCAAAGCACAGCUGAACCUGAUGGAGCUCAGGAAGGAGAACGUUAAAGUCAGGCUCAAAAUGUUCAGAGAAAAAUGGAUUUCCCCUUUUGUGAUGACAUCUUCACGCUAAAGAGACUAAUCCAAGAAGGAUCAAAGUCAAAUGUCUUCUCCAUUUUUCACAACAUCUAGCAGCGUUUACACUCUGGCCUCACUGGGCCUCUAGCGUGGCUUCACUCUACACUAAGGUUAUGAUGUGUUCAGACUAAAUGCAAACCGCCUUUUUUGGGCAGCGUAAUUACGGACAAAGUUAUCGCAAAUAUGAAAAACAGAUCCAGGCAAGAUGAAAUCAGCAUUAAUUACCAUAAAGCUACAUCCCUACUGUAUAGCCUAUUGGUUUACAGAUUCUGCUGAAAUCACACAAAAUCAGAAAAGGAAGUUUCUUAUCGCCAUCUUGGGGCACUCAGAGAAUUGUAGUUUUGCGAUAUUUGAAGCCUGAAGAUAUGUAUCGGUUUCUUGAUUCCAGCUAUGGGCCAGACUUCAAAGUGUUACUCCCAUUGGCUUUGAAGCUUGAUCCAAAGGCAACUGGACUUAACGUCUUCAAGAUCUUCAACCAAGUCCACUUGCCUUUGGAAUCAAAUUUCAAAUUUACCACGACCUGGACAACUGAGAACCUACACAGACUCCCAUUGGCUGCGAGUAUUCAUGAAACUCCAGCAGCCUUUCUUACUUGAGUUUGAGACGUGUUUUUGUUUGGUCUGAACACAUCAUAGGUCUUUUUAAGCUUGCCUUCUGUUACAGGACUUUUAAGUGUUUUGGCAAAAUGUCACAUGUCUAAAACUUCUGGAGACGAGUCUGUAGUGUACAAGUAUUGGACUGUUUUUAAACCUGCUGUGAUUCAUCUUUUUAAGGGGCUGAUCCAGUGCUUGAGUGGACCAUAGAGCCACAUGUACAGGCCUUAAGUUAUUAAACUUGUUAGAGGAGUCCACAUUAAUGGCCAGUAACAAUGACAGUGCCUAUGUUUACAUCACACACACAGUCACACACAACACUCCAAAAUGUGGAUUUACAAGAACUACAAAAACAAAGAACAAUGGGCAAAGAGACCUGCACGAUGAAUCAGCCAUAUCUGACACACUUUGUAGGGCUGGAGGGUAGGGGGGGUGGGGGGAGGGGAGGGGGUGAUAUCUGCAUCACCAAAUUGUACGACUUUGUUUCAAUGCAAUGCAAAUUUUGAGAACAAUGCAACUUUUUGUCUUUUAUGCAUGACAUGUUCACCAGGCAAAGCCAAGUUCAGGAAGUUUUUAGCCAUAAUCACCAAAUCACCAUCGAGAUUGAGUUCCAUGUUGUAAGCCGUGUUUGUCAGGCGACAGACACCAGUGAUGCAAAGAAUAAAGUAUUUUAUGAAUUGUU